AUGAUGAGCGCAUUGCCAAGUCGAACAGCAUCUGCUCUGACAGAGGAGUCGACGCCAGCACAAGGUGCAUUGCUGUCAGCAGGAGCCGGAAUCACUGGAGGUUACACCGGCAAUUCACUCAGUCUCAAGAUCAUCACGUCUGUGCUUCUCGGCCUGUCUUCGUACAACGCUGUUGAGCUCGUGAUUCUAGUUCUCGUCACCUUCCAGCGCUAUCAUGGGCUGUACUUUUGGAGCUUGUUGAUCGCCGGCUUUGGCGUGCUGCCAUACUCGCUCGGGUUUGUGAUCAAGUUUUUCCAGCUUCUGGAUCCAAAUUCUGAUGCUGGAUAUGUGGCUGUUGUACUUCUCACCGUUGGCUGGUGGGCCAUGGUCUCAGGCCAAUCGGUAGUACUUUGGUCCCGUCUGCAUCUUCUCACCAACUCACGAAAGGUCCUUCGCUGGACCCUCUACAUGAUCAUUAUCAACGGAGGGCUGCUUCACUCAACCACGACAGUGCUCACAUUUGCCUCGAACUCGAACAACCUCUCCGAGACCGUACUUCAGCGAUACGUCAACGGCUACUCGAUCAUGGAGAAGAUACAGAUGACCGGCUUCUUCGUUCAGGAGUGCAUCCUCUCUAUCAUUUACAUCCGCGAAACAAUUCGUCUACUGCGCCUCAGCGAGUCCGUGAAGGACGACAUCGGUUCGUUUGACGAUGGCACCGGCCAACUACGCAAAGCGAGCGUACGCAAGACCAUGUACCAGAUCCUCACCAUCAACGUCAUUAUAAUAGUCAUGGACGUCGCUCUCCUCGCCACCGAAUUCGCCAAUCUUUACCUGAUCGAAACCACCCUGAAAGGCGUCGUUUACUCCAUCAAGCUCAAGCUCGAAUUCGCCGUCCUCAGUAAACUCGUCCAGAUCGUCCAGGUUCGAACGAGCUCCAAGACCAACAGCCCCAUGGGCGCGACAGCGUCUGAUGACCGGCGCGGUACAGGCCUAACACUCGAGAUGACGAAGAGCGGAGACGCAGGCCUUGGCACCAGCAGUGGCUCGACGAGGACCGGACACGUUCCUUCCAAUCCGCAUGGCAGGCUUAGCAUCACCGGGGCGGACAUGCGCAACUACCCGGAUUUCGUAGACCCCAGGCGGCUUACUGGAGACUUCACGCAUGCAAGGGCGGAUGUGCUGUUCAGGAACGGAGGGCUGGAUGACUGGGAACACUCGACCGAGGAAGAGAGGGAACGAUGGAGAAAGAGGCCGAGAGGUGGCAAGCCGAGGGGCAGUUGGAUCGAUGAAGAGAUGGAUAAACAUAACAUUGGCUGA